AUGCGUAGCGUUGCACGCUUGGCAUUUGGAUUAAUAGGAUUGGGAAGAAUCGCGACGCAGCGUGAGGGGCAAAAUUACGCGGUUGUUUACUCCACCGUUACGUUGAAUCGUCAAUUCCUUAGACUUUCUUCACAGAAAUUAUUUCUUUCUUUUAUUAAUUUAAGGUUAUUCAAGCACGUGACAGCGAAUAUGCCGCCAAAACGCAGAGCACCACGAAAGGUAUCGCGUAAAGCUGAAGCAGGAACUUCGCAGGAGGACGAAAUACAAACUAAAACUGCUGCAAAGUCAGCAAGUAAAAAAACAAAGCGGAAUGUAGAUGAAGAGGAGGCUUCAAAUCACGAACCAGCUCCAAAGAAAACUAAAUUGGAGCAAAAGAAAGCCCCGAUGAAUAAAACUGAGUCAAAUUUAAAUAAUAUUGACUUUGAUUGCCCAAAGUUGAAUGCAAAUGGUGACAAGUUCAACGUUAAAAUAUGCAGCUGGAAUGUAUCUGGAGUUAGAGCAUGUCUUAAAAAAAAUGGGUUUGAAUAUCUUUUGAAGGAAAAUGCUGAUAUUAUUGCACUUCAAGAGACAAAAUGUGACAAAGACAAACUACCUGAUGAAAUAAAACUUCCAGGGUAUCACGAAUACUUUAUAGACAGCAAGAAAUCUGGAUACUGCGGAGUUGCCUUAUACAGCAAGAAAGAACCGUUGGAUAUUAUAUAUGGAUUAAACAUUCCAAAACAUGAUGAUGAGGGUAGAAUGAUAACAGCAGAAUAUGAAAAUUUUUUUGUCGUUUGUGUCUAUGUUCCUAAUGCCGGCAAAAACCUGGUUACACUGCCUAAAAGACUGCAGUGGAAUGAAGAUUUCAAAAAAUUUAUUCAAAAGCUAGACGCAAAGAAACCAGUUAUUGUGUGCGGAGACAUGAAUGUUGCUCAUAACGAAAUAGACUUGAAAAACCCAACAACAAACACGAAAAAUGCAGGUUUCACCAAAGAAGAACGACAAGGUAUGACGGAUUUCUUAGAUGCUGGUUACGUUGAUACAUUUAGACAACUAUAUCCUGACAAAACCGACGCAUAUACAUUUUGGGCAUACUUCAAUAAUUCACGCAGCAAGAAUAUUGGAUGGAGGAUUGAUUACUUUCUGGUUUCUAAGACAAUAAAAGAUAACGUUUGUGACAGUGUUAUCAGAGAUCAGAUAUUUGGCAGUGAUCACUGUCCGAUAAUACUUUACGCGAACUUGUAAAUGAGUAUUACAUUUCCAGAGAUUUUCGUGUUA